AAAGCAGUGGCGUGCACAGACCUCCGCGAGGGCAGGGGCGCAAUCGCGUUCCGGUGGGGAGAAAUGGGAACGCGGGGGCACCGCGAUGCGACCGCAAAGGGCACUUUCACUUUUGCGAUCAAAGAGGCAGGGGCUCAAGCCACCCCUGACCCCCACCCCGUGCACGCCACUGAUUGAAAGCGUUUUUUCCACGCGGGAAGCAUCGUUUCAACUAGCAGCAGUGAUUCAAUCUGCGUCUGAGGAGAUUGUAGAUGGGCAAAAAUAUUAUGGCAAAAUAAUUAUUAUGGCAAAAUAAUGAUUUAUUUAGUUUUAAAUGAAACGAUUGUAAUCCUGAUAGUAUCCUCCCUUUUUUCAAAAUGUAACUAAUCUGAUUACUACGUUUUUUGACGUAACUGUAACGAACCACAGUUACUGGAUUUUUGUAUCCUGAUUACGUAACGCCGUUACAUGUAUUCCGUUACUCCCCAACCCUAUAUAUAUAUAUAUAUAUAUAACAAGAAAUACAUUUGCAAAUUUAGGCUUACUAUAUUAUUAUCAGUAGUAGAUGUUGCAUAGUCAUAGAACGGCCCUGCAAGUUUAGUCAAUUAAAAGACUCUUUAAAAUGCAUUAAUGUUAUUGCAUUAGACUCAGCGAUGCCUCCAUUGCCAGCAAGAUAUAAACACUUUCAGAUGCCCAGAAAGCUACUAAAGACAUAUUUAAAAGAGUUCAUUUGACUACAGUGGUUAAACCUUAAUGUUAUUAUAGCGACUUAUUCAACAAUAUCUAGUGAUGGGCGAUUUCAAAACACUGCUUCAUGAAGCUUUGAAGUUUUACGAAUCUUUUGUUUCGAAUCAGUGGUUCGGAGCCCAUAUCAAACUGCCAAAGUCACGCUGCCCAGUGGUGAACCAUUGAAAUUUUGAAACAUUUAUGACAUAACGAAGCCUCGUUUACUGAAAUCACGGGACUUUGGCAGUUUGAUACACGCUCCAACCAUUGAUUCGAAACAAAAGAUUCGUAAAGCUUCGAAGCUUCAUGAAGCAGUAGGUGCGUCCGAAUUUGCGUACUUAUGCACUAUUCUGUGACGUUUUUAAGUACAAAUAGUGCGAGUAGUGUGUUCACAAUGAAAAUUCCAAAAAGAAAAAGUGCACUUUAAAUACCCAGAUGAUGCACUAAAUUAAUGGAAAAAACAAAGUGUGGAAUGUUGGACACUUUAUGCACUUAUGCAGCUGUCGCAGCUUUAAUUACGUUGUGGAGGCGGAGGGGGGAUCAGACUCCAAUGUUUAAUGACAAAAUAAACGUAUAAAAUUCACACACUACAUGGAUGAGUACAUAAUGCAUAAGUGCAUAGUGUAUAGAGCGUCAUUUGGGAUGCAACUAGUGUUUUGAAAUUGCCCAUCACUAGAUAUUGUUACAGUUUUUCUCAGUUGCUUUCUUAAUCUGAAUCAUUCUUAAAAUUUGCAAAACAGUAUGUUCAUUUCUCAAAACAAUUUGUACAAACAGCACAACAUAUUGGAUUACCUGCAAAAGCCUGUAACCUGCUCAAAAUCCUUAGUUCAUCUCUCAAAAGCAAGUAUUUAUGUCAAUGAACAUAUCAGUGCCAUCAGAAUGACAAGUCCUUGUGUCGUUGUUCUCGAACAAUAUAAUCAAAAUGCUUAGCCAUGUUGUCAAUAUAACAGUGAUGAAUAUUUCAGAUGUAAACUAUGGCUACAGUUUGCACUUUGUAUGGCAUAUAUCAAUUUUAACAGUACAAAUGGACACAUUACUGUAUAUGGGAGAUUGAUUGCAAAAGACUGGACAGGAUUCACAGUUUUGUAUUUACUGUUGGUCAGUCAACAAAUUACUGUAAAAUGUCCUUGUGAUAAAUGAAAAAGACAAGACGAUAUACAUACACUGUAUAUAUGUAUUCAUGUGUAUGUGUGUGAUAUAGUAUGUAUCUGUAUAACGUUCAUUUAGCAAGUGUGAUAUGCUACUGUAAGUGUAAAAAUGCUACUGUAAUAUUAAGAUUAUAGCAUGCAUACCAUAUUAGAGUGCAGUGCACAUUGCUGAAAUACAUACCUGUAAUGUCUAUGAAAUACUUGAAUGAUUGAGGAAAAGGUUUUUCUCCAAACAUUCAGCUGCACCUUUAGACCUGCAUAAGCCAUUGUAAGGUCAUGAUUGAGAACAUUGUUUACAAUAUUGGUCCUUAUUUCACCAGAAACGUGCCUACGCCCCCUUUGCUUUAUCUACCUCUUCCUCUGUUUUGCCUCCCUACCCUUCUACCACACAUCCUUACUUCUCUUCUUCUUUCCAGCUGUUGACCCCUUUUGUUUACAUGAUGUUCUUCCAUUAUCAGACAUUGUAACUCUUGUGUUGUACUCUGUCUAUAUAUGCUUUCCAGUUGAAGAUUCAUGACAUGUAUCUUUGAGCUGUUUUAGAGAACUGGUUGGGCCAUUGGUUGAUCUAAUGCUUUACAUUCCCCUGAAUACAUUAGUGAAAUUCAGGAUUCACCUGCAAAAUUCAUCAAUUCAGGACACAUUUACAAAAGUCUAAUAGAAAUGUAUAGAUAAUAUACUUGUAUAUAUGCAUUGUGAUAACUAGGUCAACCAUUUUGCAUUUAAUGACUUGUGCGAUGAACUAAUGACUAGAUGUUUUGAAGGGUAAGACUAUUCAACAGAGAACCAUAUAAUACAUUUUGAGCAACAUGAUAUUAGCAAUUGAUAAUGUAGGAAAUAGCAGACAGUUAUUACAGUACAUGUACAGUACAGUACAUAAUCAAUUGCCUGAAUGUACUAAAGCAUUUGCAAUUUGUUCAAAAAUAUGAAAAACUGCUUUUAGGAUGUGCACAAGUGACUAGAUGAUGUGGUGGUUGAACAAGUAGUUAUGAGAAUUUCAGUUCUGAUCUGAUCUGAAAAAUGUGCCAAAGCGACUGAGAAAAACUGUAAGUAUAAAGUCGUUAUUUUGUUUUUUUGGCCCACAAAAAAAUAUUCUCGUCGCUUCUUAACAUUAAAGUUGAACCACUGUAGUCACAUGAACUGUUUUAAAUAGGUCUUUAGUAGCUUUCUGGGCAUUUGAAAGUGUUAAUUGUCUUGCUGUCAAUGGAGGCCUCACUGUGCCAUCGGAUUUGAUCAAAAAUAUCUUAAUUUGUGUUCCGAAGAUGAAUGAAGGUCUUACGGGUGUGGAACGAAAUUAGGGUGAGUAAUUAAUGACAUAAUUUUCAUUUUUGGGUGAACUUACCCUUUAAGCAGCUGGUCCGGUGUCAUUUUAGUCAAUGUAUGCUUUCAGUUGCUCUCUCAAGUGCACACAGGUGACGGUGUAGUUCAAAUGUGUCUCAUGCGCGCAGCUGUGGUUUCGUGAAUUCAGUGGAUGUUUUGGUAGGCUAUAUAUAGUGCCUUUCCUAUUUGUAUAUAUAUUUGCCACUAGGAGGCGACAGUGCAGCUUGUUUCUAAAACUUUAGGAUAGUGACUAAAACUUUAGGAUAGUACUUUGCAACAAUAGAAGAGUUAUGUUAUUCCGUCUGGUUUCUGUGGAAUAAUGUUCUUGGUGUGUGUGUGUGUGUGUGUGUGUGUGUGUGUGUGUGUGUGUGUGUGUGUUUUAAAUGCUAAAAAAUUACUUUCUUGGGGGUUGUAGGCACAACUUUCCAGAACUGGACCUACAGAUAUUGCACAAAAUGGGUCAGACAUAGAGACCUUCAGAGCGAAUAAUAACACACAUUGUUUUUAUGAUUUAGAGCAUUGAUUUUCUAUUUCCAUUACUAGUUCCAUCCCCUUUUUUCAGUUACAGUGUCUUAUAUGGUUAGCCUACCGUUUUUAUUUAAAACGAAAUAGUGGUGAUAAGGAAUGGCAAAAUAAUUAUUUGAUUAAUUGAUAAUUAAUUAUUGACCACAAUAUUCACUCACAAAAUUUUAAAUGUUUUCUACUGUUUUCUAGUGGGCCAGGCUGUAACACUAAUUACACAGUUUAGGGAUAUAUUGUUAAUUUGUAACAGACAAAAAUGUGAAAUUUACAUCAGAGACAAAACGUUGAUAUUAACGUUGUUAUUAGCUAUAUCAAUGACAUCAAUUAUCACGAUUAUAAACUGUCAUCGCGAGAAAUGAGUUAUUUUAUCUUAACUUCUCUCUCAGUUUUUGUCGGAACAUGGUGUGCGAAAAUGACAAACCAAUGAUCUCCUCUAAAAAUAGAGAAAUUAGCCGCGCGUCAGUGACAGAACGCAAAUCGGAUGCGCAUCAGUCAUUGCGCAGCUGUGAUCUCGUGCCAUCAUCGGGCGCUCUGAAAAGUUCCUGGAUAAAAGGAGCACGGCAUGGUGCUGGGCGAUACCAACAGAACUAUUGUCGCGCAAAUCCACGGACAAACUAUGAAGCCCUUGAUGGCCGAGGAGCGCGCGCGAGAGACAGGUGCAAGUAUGGGAACCUCUAACGCUAUGAUGAUCUCCGAGAUCCUCAUCCCUCGACUAUUCAAAAUUGCGCACGAGUCUGGAGAAGUGGCAGUGGCUGCGGGCUCCGGUUCCUUGGAAAUGAAGCCCUCCAGCUCCCCGAUCCUACUUGAAAUGAUGGAGGUGGCAAACGGCACGCGCUGCGCGGAGCAGAUCCUCAGCUACGGAGAGGUCGAGAAGGUGCUGAUCGGUGGGGUGCUGACCAUGCUCACUCUCAUAACCAUCUGCGGGAACCUGCUCGUGGUUAUCUCCGUGUGUUUUGUGAAAAAGCUACGGCAGCCCUCCAACUAUUUGAUCGUGUCUCUCGCGCUCGCGGACCUCUCCGUUGCGCUCGCGGUGAUGCCGUUCGUCAGCAUCACGGACCUGAUCGGUGGCCGAUGGAUUUUUGGCAAGUUCUUCUGUAACGUGUUCAUAGCCAUGGAUGUGAUGUGCUGCACCGCGUCCAUCAUGACCCUUUGCGUUAUUAGCAUCGACCGGUACCUGGGCAUCACCAGACCUCUAACAUACCCGGUGAGGCAGAACGGAUGGUGUAUGGCCAAAAUGGUGCUUUCUGUGUGGCUGCUCUCUGCGUCAAUCACUUUGCCACCUCUCUUUGGCUGGGCGCAGAACGUGAACGAUGACCGUGUGUGUCUGAUCAGCCAGGACUUUGGCUACACUAUUUACUCUACAGCUGUAGCGUUUUACAUCCCCAUGACUGUCAUGUUGGUCAUGUAUUACCGCAUCUACCGUGCCGCCAAGCUCAGCGCUGCCAAACACACCAUCACUGGCUUCCCUCGUGCAGGACAGGAAGAGGAAGAAGAGGAUGUGGUAGGGGCCGAUGAUACAGAAGAACCCAUGGGUGUGGAUUGCGUAACCGUCGCGAUCAAGCUUCAGAGGGAAGUGGAAGAGUGCGCGCGUCUACCUCGAAUCCUGCGAGGAGUGGGCAAGAGGAGCUUGGACCGCAGGAGCAUUUCCAUAUUCAAGCGGGAACAGAAGGCGGCAGCCACGCUCGGGGUGGUGGUAGGAGCGUUCACCGUCUGCUGGCUUCCGUUCUUUCUCCUCUCCACGGCCCGGCCCUUCAUCUGCGGGACAGAGUGUAGCUGUGUCCCGCUGUGGGUGGAGAGAACGCUGUUGUGGUUGGGCUACGCCAACUCACUCAUCAACCCCUUUAUCUAUGCUUUCUUCAACCGCGACCUGCGCACCACCUACCGAAGCCUGCUCAGCUGCCGUUACCGUAAUAUUAACCGGAGAUUGUCGGCUGCCGGCAUGCAUGAGGCCCUACGACUGGUGGAAAGACCAGAGGUGGUUGUCUCUGGGUGACCCGAACUGUGCACAUAACAUACGAAGAGUUCAGAGGUUGACAUUUGCAUAGGAACUCACAAGCCUAAAUGGUCAUGAUGGCAUUUAGGAUGUGUCAUGUUUGGAAGGUGUCAUGAUGUACUGACAGUACCUACAAGUCAAAACAGUGGUCACUUCAGACAGAGGCGUGCAUUAUGGUCAAUGCAGUUGCAUUUUGUCAUCUUGAAGAACACACUAUCACUGGCUUUUCUUUAGUAGAACAGCAGAGAAAAUACACAUAGCUGAUGAAUCAAAGUCCAGCUUCUGUCAAUUUCAGACAAUCUAAAAGAACAGAAAACAAAACCCUUUUCACAGACUGUGAUAUAUUUUCACAGUUAUCAACAUUACAAAUCUAGUAAAGCUUUUUCAUAUUUUAAAAAUGUAUAUACAUUUAAAAUGGUAUACUUUGUGUUAUAUUACCUUGGCAGUAAAUUACAAAAAAAAAAAAAAAAAAAAAAAUGCUGUUGCCUCCCACUCACCACUAUAGAAGUUUACACACUUCCACUUCUGAGAACCCUGGAAAUGUGAAAGGGGUUCAUAUAUAUAUAUAUGAAUUCCAUGAUUUUUUUUCUGAAUUUAUUUAAAGGACGUGUGUAAUACUGCACCAGUAUCGUGAUAUCUUAUCCCUCAAGGGAUUUGAGGGAAUCGAGAUAUACAGAUCAAUAGUAGGGAGAAAUCCGUUUAGAUUUAUCCAUUCUUGAAAACAGAAAAGCACCCACCUCAUUUCUGCUUUAAAAACGUUUAUCGAGCUGUGAGAAACUUGUUUGUCAACUGUCAGCACCUGUUAGCUCACUAAGUGUGAUUAAUCUGUCUGUUUCUUGUGACUUUAUGAUAAACUAGCCAUUUCUACUUUCAGUCUGCACAUGCUCAAUCCUUAUAAAACCACAGAUUUCAUGCAUUGAUGGAAAGUGCAUUAAAGCACAGAUCCAAUGUCAACUAAGCUUCUUUCUGCAGCUGUGGUUAAGCCAGAAGGAACAGGAGGUGAUCUGAAGGAACAGGAGGUAAUCUGAUCACCGAUCAGUAAUUAAAGGGAUUCUGAUGAGAUUGACUCGGGUCUCUUUUUUUGCAGGCAGCUAUUUAUAGUUUGAUUCUGCAUGGAUCUUAUGCAAUUAGCUUUUAUGUCACUAGUAUUUAUUUAGCAUACGUCACUGAAGAAUUCAUGCCGUUCACUCUUUUGAAUUACUUGUGCAUAAAAAUAAAGUAAUGACUUUGUGCGGUGCUUUCUAAAGUGUGUAAAUAUCAAAAGCAGAUGUGCCAAAAUGUAAAGAUGCCUAUCCGAUGUGUUUUUAUUGUUGUACAUGUUUUAAUGUCACUUCUUGUGCAUAUUUUCCCUAUAUGAGUUGGAAUAAAGGAUGAAUAAACUGGGA